AUGGGCCAGGCACACUGCUUCAUUGAAGUUCAACUCGCUGUUGUAGGCCUUGACAACUUGCCUACUUUGCCAUUACGACCUCGAUUUAUUUGGAGCAGAGCAAAUUACGCAGCAAUAUCCUCGCACGUUGCAGCUGUUGAUUGGGAAACAGAAUUCAAUGCUCUAAAUGUAAAUGAUAGCUACCAGCUCCUAGUAAAUGUGUAUAAUGAAGCUAUCAAUCUAUACAUCCAAACAAUAACUACUCCCUUCACUAAAAAACAGGAGGAAUGGGUAAUAGCAGAUCUUAUUAAGGCGGUCAAAGCUAAACGCGCCUCUUGGGCCAAGUUUGUUAAUGCAGGUCGUGAUGCGCACCAAUUACUCAAAGAAUCACAUCGCAUCGCAUGCAAAAACAUUACUAAAAUGGUAAAAUCUGCCAGGCUUAAUUACGAAAGAAAACUCGCCAAGCCCAAAGGUCCAUUGUCAGCUUUCGAAAGUCGUACUGAAGCAAUUUGUGUUGUCGACCCAACAAGUUUUUCUAUCGAUAUAGUACAAAAGUGCCUCUACCAACUUGAUGAAAGAAAAUCAACCGGCUACGAUUGUUUACAUCCACGGGUCCUUAGUAAAUGUGCAACUAGCUUCGCCCAAUCACUUUCACUUAUCUAUAAGUGCUCGUUCAUGACUGGUGUAGUUCCCAACUUGUGGAGAAAAUCGAAUGUAACAGCAAUUUUUAAGAAGGGAAGUAAAAUAAAUGCAUCAAACUACCGGCCUAUCUCGCUCACAUCCAUUUCAUGCAAAAUAAUAGAAAGUAUUCUUAAAACAAGUAUAAUGGAACUCUGUGUUGCUAAUGAAUUAAUUACUCCAGAGCAACAUGGCUUUGUUUAUCGCAAUGGUUGCGUCUCAAACCUGCUAGAAACUCGGGAUACCAUGACAGAAGCCAUUCAUUGCAGCCAUGCAGUAGACGUCAUAUACACAGACUUUACAAAGGCGUUUGACAAAGUGCCGCACAAACGCCUUUUUCAUAAACUAAGAGCCUACGGUAUUCAAAGUACUGGAUCCCAGCUUGGUUACAAGACCGAAGUCAACGAUUAG